AUGUCAGCUCCAGCUCCACCAGUCCCCGAGGUAUUCCCCAUAUACCCAGAUCUCACAGGGAAGGUCGCGCUCAUCACGGGCUUUGGUCAAGUCGGGCCCCAGGACAGCACAUUCUGGGGCAACGGUGCAGCCACCGCACGUCUACUCUCCCGAAACGGAGCCAAGAUAUUCGGCUGCGACUUGCACCUGCAUGCAGGGGAGCAAACAAAGAAACGUCUCCUAGACGAGAAUCCCAGCGCCGUGGUCGAUGUUAUGGCAGCAGACGUCACAAACCCUUCUGACGUCGAGGCACUGGUGGCCCACGCAAUGCAACGACACGGACGCAUUGACAUUCUCAUCAACAAUGUCGGCCAAACAGCAGCCGGAAACCCAGCGACAAUGACUGAGGAUCUAUGGACUCGCCAGCUGGAUCUUAAUCUGACCUCCGUCUACCGGCUAUACCAUCACGUUAUCCCUAUAAUGCAACAACAAGGCGGAGGGGGCAUUAUCAACAACGCUUCUAUUACGGCGUUACGUUACAUCGGCAAGCACCAAAUCGCAUAUGCAUCGGCAAAGGCCGCCGUCAUUCGCUUCACCAAGGCAAUUGGUGUUAUGUACGGAAAGGAAAACAUCAGGAGUAACUGUGUGGUGCCUGGGCUGAUGUAUACUCCGCUCGUGGACAAUUUCGCGCGCAGCGAGGACCCAGGUGAUAGAGAGGCAGCGAAGAGGAUUCUGGACCACAAUUGUCCUAUGGGAUGGAUGGGGACUGGAGAGGAUGUGGCAAAUGCUGUUGUCUGGCUUUGUAGUGAAGCGAGUAGAUAUGUUACUUCUCAUGCUUUGGUGGUCGAUGGGGGUAUUACAGAGAGCACGGGCACGGGAUUUGCGGCUUGA